AUGGCACUGGCGGAACUAGCAAAACUAAAGGCUCAACUGGUAGAUCUUCUAGACAAGGGUUUUGUCCGUGCAAGCUCAUCACCCUGGGGAGCACCAGUACUAUUCGUCAAGAAAAAGGACGGAAGUAUGCGGCUUUGCAUCGACUACCGAGGAAUCAACAACAUCACCAUCAAAGACAAAUAUCCUCUACCAAGAAUUGAUGAAUUGUUGGAUCAAUUAAGAGGAGCAAGUUGCUUCUCCAAGAUCGACUUAGCUUCAGGAUAUCAUCAAAUCCCCAUCAAAUACCAGGACGUAAUGAAGACGGCGUUCAACACUCGCUACGGACAAUACGAGUUUGUAGUCAUGCCAUUUGGAUUAACCAACGCACCGGCGGCGUUCAUGCGGUUAAUGAACGAAGUAUUUCAUGACUACUUAGAUAACUUCGUGAUCAUCUUCAUUGACGACAUCCUAAUCUACUCAAAGACCAAGGAAGAGCAUCAACAACACUUGAAGAAAGUCUUGGAGAGAUUAAGAGACCAAAAGCUCUACGCAAAUUUCAGCAAAUGUCGUUUUUGGAAACGAGAAAUAGGCUUCUUAGGACACCGAGUUUCUGAACAAGGCAUAUCAGCAGAUCCAGAGAAGAUUGAAGUAAUAAAAGGAUGGCCGACACCAAGCAAUGCAACAGAAGUGAGAAGUUUCUUUGGAUUGGCCGGCUAUUACCGAAAAUCUGUUAAUGGAUUCUCAUCCAUAGCCAAACCCAUGACAAAGUUAACCGGGAAAGGAAUUCCCUUUGUAUGGAGUGAAGAAACGGAGGGAGCAUUCAACAAACUUAAGGAGGCGCUAACCACAACACCGGUUCUAACCUUGUCCGAACCUGGAAAACCAUAUGAUGUAUACGCAGAUGCAUCGAGAGUUGGACUUGAAUCUGUCCUUAUGCAAGCAGGAAAGGUGUUGGCGUACGCAUCAAGACAACUACGGAAGCAUGAAGAAAACUACCCAACUCAUGACUUAGAGAUGGCGGCAGUAGUAUCCACACCAAGAAUAUGGCGGUCUUAUCUCUAUGGGGAGAGUGUUCAAGUAUUUAUGGAUCAUCAAAGCCUUAAAUAUUUGUUCACUCAGAAAUGA